AUGUCGGUACCACAUAAACACCUGCAUCCAGAAACCACCGGCAAUCCAAAUCCUGAGACAAAGACUAACUCUGAUGGAUGCACCGUCCAGCCUUGUACAACACGCGAUGGUCUUCGAAUACUCCAUCAUUUGGCAGCAUCCUGGCUUGAAGGGUCGCCGCGGCUGAAAAAAGCAGAUGGUGCCAAAUCAGCCACAACGCCUAAACCCAUACCGCCAGGCAAAAUUUCCAUAUUGAGGCUGAUCAAACAGUUGACAGAAGAUUUGGAGAAGGAAACCGUCAAAAAGUUGAAAUUGGAGGACCAAUCGAGUUUCGUUAUAGACAACCAGCUGUCAUUUGCCGAGCAUCACAAAGUUCCUCUUCCUUAUGGAUUUGUAGAGAAGAUUGCCAGUCGAAUCCAGAUUUUCAGACCAAGUCACAGACUGUCGAAGGGUCUCUCCCCGUCUUUGUCCCACGCCAUCAAGAUGCCCGACCUCUGCUUCCUGAGGACCAGCUUCAGAAACACGUUGAAGUACAAGAGGAGUAGGGAGGGAGGGCAUGAAGAAUGUUGUGGCUCUCUUGCUGAUGAGCGUGCUGUCGGUACCACAAAUUAUGAUGAUAAUAAUAAUGACAUUAAUACGACGGUGUUUGGUCAUGUUAUUGUUGUUAAUGCUGAUGAUUCCAACAAUGUUUCUGUGAUAAGUGAUAAUAAUAUUAAUAAGAAUGACAAUAAGAGCCAUCAAAGUGAUAAGUGUAAUGACGAAACGAAGACAACCAAGUCUCCGACUGGAAUUGAUUCCACCUUCAAGAUGGGUGACAGUGAUUUCAAUAGUAGUGUGGCCGUUAAAACUGGUAACAACAUUGACAGUGUUAAUAAUAACAAUAGUUUCUGUGACAUCGGUGAUAGAAACCAAAGCAUUAACAAGGGCGAUUUUGAUGACAACCUGUACAAACACGCUGAACAUGACAGCACAUACUCAAGUCUCUUCAUUGCUGACAGUGGUUAUGAGGACGAUGAUGAGGAGGAUGAUACGUUCACUGUGGAAAUAAAGGUUGUUGUGGUCGUUUUGCCGAUCAUUGUGGUGGUUAUUAUUGUGGUCCUUGUGGCGAUUAUUAUUGUGGUCAUUGGGGUUGUGAUUAUGAAAAAAUUUUGCCUGAGGUGA